AAUUAGAAAUAGAUUUAGAAAAACGUUUCCCCAACCUUAUUGUAGAGGGUAAAUUGGUUCCCCAAACUACUGACCCCUUGUUAACUGAAAAAAAUGACCGAAUAUUAGCCGACAUUAAAAAUAAACGACAGGCUAAACAAGGAGGAGGCGGCUCCGGUUCUGGUAAUCCUGGCUCUCCUGGCACUCCGGACGGAUCGGGUGAUAUUCCUGACAAUGGAAAUGAUCCAACCACACCCACACCUGACAAAAACAAAAAUGAUGCUCCUCCACCCUCCGGGGAUGAGGUUGAAAAUAGAUUUAAUAAUGGCUCUGCCAAGCAACAAAUAGAGAAUAAUCCACAACUUACUGAGGAUGAAAAACAGGCAACUUUAAAAUUACUCAAAACCCUGAUUGCUGCGGAGAUUUUAAGUGAAAAAGGAGAAUUUAAUCAGUCAAUUUUCGAUGAAUUACUAGGUGAAAAAAACCAACAAUCCACUGCCUACAAAACGCUUAAUGAAAAUGGACGAGUAGACAAUGUUAUUGAAAGUUUGGAAAGACGUGGUUACAUUCUCAAAAAAUUGGUCAAAAAGGCUACUUUGUUAGCCUAUUUGCUUGGUUUAAGCACCGAUCAAUUAAUAGAAGAAGGUUUGAUAAUUAAUGAGUUGAAAAAAGAAAUCAAUAAAACCAGGGAAUUUAUUGAUAAGUCGAACCGAGAAUUAAGCAAAAAUUAUACACCCACAAUCGCGGCACAAGAUAUUUUUUUUUGGUAUGAUACCAAGGGCAUUUCAGAGGAACUAAUUCGCUUUUAUUUGGAAAAAAAGGGUCAUAAGUUUCCGGAAGAAGAAUUUAGUAAAUUAUUAGCCCAGCAGAAGGAAAAAGCCCCUUUAGGUGUCCAAAUUAGCGAUAAAAAUGGAGUAGUGGAAAGCGAAAUUAGUGCUUUGUCGGGAGUGGUAGAUCCGGUAGCAACGCCUUUUCUCGUUAUGAAAUUGAAAGAGGUUAGAGCAGAAGCCAAAAAAAAGAAGGAGGGAAUUUUUUGUCUAGAAUUGAGUGUUGAAAACAAAGAAAAAACGGAAAAAAAAAUUACGGCUGGUGAUUUUCAAAAGGAUAAGGAAGUCAAAAUUAAAAAUCCUAAUCUUCAUUUGGCUACUCUGGCAGCAGCAACCAGCGAGGAAAAAAAACCUAAAUUAGAAAUAAAAUUAUAUUUUCAGAAAAAUUGGGGUUAUUGGGAGGAAGAAGAACAAGAAAAAAAUUAUUUGGCGGAUGUAGAAAAUGUUAUUGCUUUUGCUACCGAUUAUGCCCCAGUCAAAGGUGAUGGAGUAAGUUUUCAAAUAAAAUCGGUAGUAAUUAGCAGAGGAAAAACCGAAGAAGAAUUAACACUUAUGAUUACUACUAAUGGUGUGGCUGAACCGAAAGAAGCACUUCAAGAAGUUUUGGCGAUAUCCCAAGAUGCUUUUGGUAGCAUUUCUCAACUGCUUAAUGACAAUAUAGCAGACGCCAUUUUAUACGAAAAAGUGGAAACGAGUCUGCCGAUGGCUCGCAGUCUAACCAAAUUAUUGGCUAAACUUAUCGGAUACGCUAAACAGAAUGAUUUGCAUGCUCGCCGUUUGGCUCUAAAAUAUUUAGUCAACAAAAAAAAAAACACUGACCAGCAAGGAAAAAAAUUACUUGAUAAAUUGUUUUCUGAUUUAAAAGAAAGAUAUAAAGAACGGGCAGGCGGUUAUAGCCGAAUUACCAAAUUAAAUUAUCGGUUGGGUGAUAAUAAUUUGCGAGAGAGCAAGGAACAGCUAAAUUCAUUGUUAAAGACAUUGAUGGUCGUAAUGCCAUGGUUUUUAAAGGACAAAGAUUAUUUUGAAAAUACGGUGAAAAAAAUCGGUUUUUGGGACAAUGAAAAUUAUUUUUAUGAAGCAGGCAAAAACCCAUUUAAUAUGGAAUUAUCUCCAGAAGAAUCAAGAAAAAAAAAACCCGCCAACUUGCCACAAAAUCCUUUUCAAUUCACCAGAUUUACGAAAACCAGCGACUCGCAAACAAUUAAUAGAUUAUUUUCUCAAUUUAGCAAAGAAGAGUUAAUUAAAAAAAACCAAGAAGUAAGUAUUGCGGGAAGAAUGACCGGAAAAAGAAUGUUUUUUGCUGAUUUAACCGACCAAACCGGAACCAUUCAAUUAAAAUUUAGCAGCAAAAAUGGGGAUUUAGCAAAAUUAGAUAAUGGCAGUAUUAUCGGGGUAAAAGGAAUUAUUUGUAGGACUGAUAAAGGACAAUUAAGUGUGGAA